AUGAAUGUCGAUCCAUGGGCAAAGCCUAGCUAUCAACUAUGGACUGUAAGCAGUGAGCAACCAAAAAACCCACCAAUUGUAGAGUAUGGCAAAGGAAACGAUAAGAGUUUUUCUAAAAGUUUGGGUUAUACGACCAUGGGAUACUGGUAUCAUGUGCCAACUGAACAGCAUUGUGGUUUGUCGAUGACUCCAAUUUUGGAUGAUGAUGCUUUGGGAAAUUUCAAAGCAAUGGUUAGGGCACAUCAAUUUCGUGAGAUUGAACAUUUGUAUGUAGAACACAAGCCAGUAUAUGUGCCAACCAAUUUCCCCCACUUCAUGAUGAACUCACCAGCCAAAAGAGUUGAGAAUCUUAUUCAUGUCUUUGUAACAGAACACCCAAUGUCAACAGUUGAUGAUGGAAUAGCAUACAUCAAACAUAUGCUAAACAUGACCAUUCCCAGAGGAAAGAUGGAAGAUGCAAUAGACAUGGCCUAG